AUGGCGCAUUCGGUACUAUCCAAUUUGGAGCAAGCCAUAUACACAGCAUUUUUUCAGGCGGCUGAUAAAAACAAAAGGGGUUAUUUAUCGAUAGAGGAGUUGGCGAGCGUAACAAAAAUGUGCGGCCUGAAUUUAACGCAAGGGGAAAUAGCGGCGGCUGAUAAAAACAAAGAUGGCCAUUUAAGUAUAGAUGAAUUGGCGUCCGUCGUCAAAAUGUGUGGCAUGACUCUAACCCAAAAAGAACUUGCGGAAACAUUUAUCGAGAUGGAUUUAAAUUGUGAUUGGAAGAUAACACUAGAUGAAUUUAUUACUGGCAUGCAUUCUUUAAGACCUGGUAAAAGACGAGUUGCCAAACUAAACCGUGAGUUGACAGAAUGUGAUAAGGGUGGUAUGGGUUUCCUGAGCUACAGAAUGAUCAGCAAUAUUGCUCGAGACAAAUCUGAUAUUACUGAAAAAGAAAUAGAAAACACUUUCAAAGAUUUAGAUGCGUCCGAUUUGAAUAAAAUCAAUUAUAAGCAGUUCAUUAAUGUUUUGGAAAAGAAAAUCACAGACUGACUGCAGAAUAACAGCAUAAUGUGGUAUUAGAUAUUUAUGAAUUAUUGUGACAUAUAUUCAAUCAUUUAAAGAUAUAUUCAGUAGCUGAUAUUCAAUGCAUUAGAAGUGUGUUAUUCAAUGCUUUAGAACUGUGUUAUUCAAUGCUUUAGAACUGUGUUAUUCAAUGCUUUAGAACUGUGAUAUUCAAUGCUUUAGAACUGUGAUAUUCAAUGCUUUAGAACUGUGUUCUUCAAUGUUUAAGAACUGUGAUAGUCAAUGCCUUAGAACUGUGAUAUUCAAUGCUUUAGAACUGUGUUCUUCAAUGUUUAAGAACUGUGAUAUUCAAUGCUUUAGAACUGUGUUAUUCAAUGCUUUAGAACUGUGAUGUUCAAUGGUUUAGAACUGUGAUAUUCAAUGGUUUAGAACUGUGAUAGUCAAUGCCUUAGAACUGUGAUAUUCAAUGCUUUAGAACUGUGGUAUUCAAUGCUUAAGAACUGUGAUAUUAAUGUUUAAGAACUGUGAUAUGCUUUAGAACUGUGAUAUUCAAUGCUUUAGAAUUGUGGUAUUCAAUGCUUUAGAACUGCGAUAUUCAAUGCUUUAGAACUGUGAUAUUCAAUUCUGUAGAACUGUGAUUUUCAAUAUGCAAAGUAUACU